GGAGGCGGCUGUGCAGCAGAAAACCAAGCCUCCUGAAACUCUCUCCACUCAUCAGCGCUCUACAGCCUCCGCUGCUCGACUCCUCUCCGUCUCCUGCUGGACUCUGAGCUGACCAGGAUCAAGCCACAGCCACUAUGGAUAUUGCCAUACAGCACCCUUGGUUCAGACGUGCCCUGGGCUCCGUCUACCCGGCUCGCGUCUUUGACCAGUUCUUUGGAGAGGGCAUGUUUGACUACGACUUCUUUCCCUACACCACCUCCACCAUCAGCCCUUACUACAGACAGUCGCUGUUCCGUAGCUUUCUGGAUUCUUCCAACUCCGGCACCUCAGAGGUGAGGUCUGAUAGAGACAAGUACACUGUCCACCUGGACGUCAAGCACUUCUCUCCUGAUGAGCUCAGCGUGAAGGUCACUGAUGACUACGUGGAGAUCCAGGGCAAGCAUGGAGAAAGACAGGAUGACCACGGUUACAUUGCUCGUGAGUUCCACCGCCGCUACCGCCUCCCCUCCAGUGUUGACCAAUCAGCAAUCACCUGCACCCUGUCAACGGAUGGUCUGCUGACUCUGACAGGGCCAAAGGUCACCGGAGGGAGCGAAUCCGGCCGCAGCGAGCGCAGCAUCCCUGUUGUCCGUGAUGACAAGCCCAGCGCUGUUGGGUCAUCCUAGAGGCUGAGUGGUGGGGGAUGCUGGAGGGGCUCAGCCCCCCCCCUCUCCCCGUCCUUACCCUAAAACGUUUGGGAUGAACGACCACGCUUUGGCUUCAAGUGCUCCCCUGUUGUUGAUCCUUCUUACACUGAUAUUAGUAUCCCUGUUUUGAGCCUAACAAAGAAAAGUCAUUCUUCCCAUGACGAGGUGCUUCAUUCUGCUGUUUGUUGUCGGUGCGUGCGAGUCCCCUGGUGGUUGGUAAUGGAGGUCAAUGUGGAUGCUUCCUCUCUGAAGGCUCUUUUCUGGUCUUCAGUGUAUCCUGUACUGUAGUCUAGCCUUUGUUCAAUGCAGUCUAUACUUAGGAACACACAAUAAAGCUGUUUAACUAAAUGAAA